GGUGGAGGAGUCAGACGGAGAGGUGGAGGAGUCAGACGGAGAGGUGGAGGAGCAGAGAGGACUGAGGUCUCUAGACGACGGUGAGCUAAUAAUCAAAAACCAACUAGCUAUCGCCUCCACGUCCAAGUGCUGUUGGCUUAAUCAAUACCACACUGAUCACACAACACCUGAUCAGUAAUCAUUGAAAUUAGUGGAAUGCCGAUGUAUAGAAGUUUAUGUUUUAUGCAUUUAUUUGACACAUUUUUAUGCUUUUUUAUAUCACGCUCUCUAGACGUGACUUGACUUGAAUUCCUACGAACCAAAGGCUCUUGAAUCCCUUUCAUGGGAUCCAUUCACAACGACAGCCGAACUCUCCGUGAGAGAAACAGAGAAAGCUCUUCUUCAGACUCGAGUGCGCUCCCACACUCAACUCAGGAGAAGUAUCGCAAAUAAACCUCCAGCAGAACUCAAGUGCCACGCAUCGUCAUCAUUUAAUCUAAUGCCGCCACAUAUGUCGCGUCCAUGUCGUCCGGUCAAAUGGCUGAUGAAUGAAUGAAAGGGUGACCCAAUUACAACCACCGUUUACGCUCCAUUCAAUCUAUCACUGUUCACGGUCAAAACCUAAUUAUACAUAAGCAUAUGCUAAAAGUACACGAGUACAAGUGACUAUGCAGCUCAAACGAACGAUGAUAUCCAAACGUCCGCGAUGAUAUUCCAGUGACACCGUCUCCGUCCUCCCGCCCGCGCUUCUAUAGAUCCACAACCCCUCUCAUAACCCCUUAAUUAGCUUGCUAUUGAUUGGCCACCAAACCAAUUCACCAUAUUUCCCUGUGAAUGUGGCUGCUGUGAUUGGAUGAAUGUGUGGAGUGAGGGACACACAGGAAAUGGGGAGCGUCUGGGUGAAAGGAGGGCAGAUUAAACAGAGAGUUGGAGAUAUGGCUCUGUAAUGAUGUUAGCCUUCAGAUGGUCCAUCCUAUGAUGGAACAUUGAUUUUCUUUGUUCAAAGCUGGGCUGCUGAAAGACCUUGAGAAUUAAAGGGCCUGACAGUGAAUGUACAUACAGUGCUCCGUUAAAUGCACCACUCAUAACUCGCUUUUUCAUUUCAAAUAAACCCAAAUCGAUCGAGCCCGGUUUAAUAUGUGCAUUGUUUGCAUCGCUCUCCUUAAAUAACAUUUAAUAACGUUUUCGUUUUCUCUGUAUGUGGCUCAUAGUUCUGCUAUGAGAGUUAUUAAAUAGUAAGGCAUACAUCACACAUAUCCAAUAAACAAAUCAUUAUGUUAAAGUUCAACAUAAUGUUCAAUUAAGUUUGUAAUCUCGGUUUAAACUAUUGACCUUUUGGUGGAAUUUAAUUUUGAAUAUUUUGUCACCGACAUAAGCCAUCCGUGAUAAAAUUGACAAAUUAUCCGAACACAUGUAUCCUUUUAAGAUGAAAUAAGAGUCACAGAUGAAUUUGCAAGAUCCACUGGUACUGAUAACAUCAUUAUCAUUAUUACAAACACAUGUUUUCAAAAAACCUUUUCUAAAAAAGAAAAGUUUAGAAGGAACCAGGGUGAAUGGAGCUCUUGCAAACAAGGGCUCAUGGGACUUGUCGUUUCUUACGUCUUCUCGUAAACUACGAAUAGGGGCUUUAAAGUUAGGGUAGGCGAUGUAAAGAAACCACUCGAUGUAAGCUUGAUUUUGAAAAUAACAAACUGAAAAAUACAUUUCUUCCGGCCUCCCUUCAAGGCCACUCCCCCAAAACAGAUGACUAGCCUGCUAGCUUAGCAACAGGUCUGCAGCUGGCUACCUGCUAGCUUAAGCAACAGGUCUGCAAGAAGCCAGCUAGCUAGGUAAGUACACAGACAAGUAAGCCAUCCAUUGGACAGGCUCAAAGGCCUGUGACAGUCAGAGGUACCGGAUAUUGUUCUUUUUUUUAUCCUAGCGUUUGAUUUAUCGAUUACUGUCCUUAUGCAAGGACAAUUUGAUAAAUAUGACAAUAAAUUGCCUACCCUUGCUUAAAACCAGCCCUGAACAUCUGGAAAAGCAGUUGGGAUGUUCUAGAGAUUUGAAUGACAUGUUUUUGGGGCAAUAAAUAUGAGUUUCUGUACCAUUUCCAGAUCUUCACUCAGCGGUACGACUCUCUGGCAGCAGUUCGGCCUCAGCAUCAUCUUUUUCGCCUUAAAAUUCAUCAAGAUUAACAGGAUUUCGAUUUUUCCUGGAAAAUGUACAAUGGCAGUAAAUUACCCAAACUGCUUUCCAGAGAUGCUGCGCUGGAUACUAAAGGGUGCGCACGUGACCCCUCCCUCAUCCAGGACACAGGCAGUGGAGGCACCAUGGUGAACCCGGGCGGCAGCGGCCAGCCCCCGGCGGCGGGGUCGGGCUCCCUGUCGUGGAAGCGGUGCGCGGGCUGCGGGGGGAAGAUCGCCGACCGCUUCCUGCUGUACACCAUGGACAGCUACUGGCACAGCCGCUGCCUCAAGUGCUCCUGCUGCCAGGCGCAGCUCGGCGAGAUCGGCUCCUCCUGCUACACCAAGAGCGGCAUGAUCCUCUGCCGGAACGACUACAUCAGGUUAUUCGGGAACAGCGGGGCCUGCAGCGCGUGCGGUCAGUCAAUACCGGCCAGCGAGCUGGUGAUGAGAGCACAGGGCAACGUCUACCAUCUCAAGUGCUUCACCUGCUCCACCUGUCGGAACCGGCUGUUGCCAGGCGACCGUUUCCACUACAUCAACGGCAGUUUGUUCUGUGAACACGACCGUCCCACUGCACUCAUCAACGGACAUCUGAGCUCCCUGCAGGCUAACCCCCUCAUCCCCGACCAGAAGGUGUGUUAGAGAUGGAACCCGGACAGGAAGCUGGAGGCGUGCCUUCAUUUUAAGCCCCUCCCCCUCCACCAUCGUGCUCCUCCACCCGCGGCGACCACGGGGGAUCAGCACCCUGGGAAGGCCGCACCCUCCAUCCUAGACCUCCUGACACCGCGCCCUCUCAAGAUCCUCAUCUCUCACGCAGCCUCCUGCUUCGGCUCGGCCUUCCUCCCCAAAUACGGGAGAACAAACUCUCAAAGACGCCCGCGCCGUCGGAGCGCCAGGGUCCCGAACCCGGAGCGACUGAACUCUGGUCGGAAUUCCCAGAGAACUUUGGCAGCGGUCCGCGGAGAGCAUCGGAGAGGAGCGGCCGAAGAGAAACGAAUGCUCUCUGGAUUUGGCAUUCGCUCGUUUGUUUAAAAGACAUUUCCGGGAAACCAGGACCUUUUUAGUUUCCCUCUCUUCGUUUUCUAUCCUCGAUUCCCGACAACAUGUUGUUUCCACUUUCUAUAUUUUAAAUGUUGUAAAGGGGAUGUGUUUCUUCUUCGGUGAUUUAUAUAUAUAUCCUAAAGGUAUAUAUAUAUAUGUCUAUAUAUAUAUGUAGGGGGUUUAAAAAAAGAAAAGAAUCUGUGGCUUUUCGUGGGAAACCAAUCAUGGACUCUCUUGGUGUAUUUGUAAAGCUAUCAUGUAUGUACAGUAUGCAUGUCAAUGUCGUUGUCCAAGCGUGGUUCCAGUACACGUAUCCCUCCGCACCGAGCCCCACCACUCCCCCCGCCCCUCCAAUAAACCUCCGCCUGUGGCAAGCUGAAGAAAGAUAGUCCGUUCAUGCUCAUGUAGAAACAUAUAAAUGCUGAAUGAAAGAAAUUUAUUUGUGAUAUUUUCCGAGACAUUUGCUCAAGUACGGUGUAUUUAAUAAAAUAAUAAAUAAUGCAAAAAACACAGA